AUGGCGGUCACCAGCAGUAGCACUACAGCUUCUGAAGGAAUUCAAGGAACAAAAUCUUCAGCAACAAUUGUUUUAACAAACUCGCCACACAAUCAAUUCUUUGUUUGGAGAGAGUUCUUAUGGGGAGCCCUUGCUGGUGGCUUUGGGGAAGGGAUGAUGCACCCAAUUGAUACUGUGAAAACUCGAAUCCAAAGUCAAGCCAUUUUGACUCAAAGCCAGAAUCAAAAGACUAUAUUACAGAUGGUUAGAGCUGUCUGGGGUGCUGAUGGCUUAAGAGGUUUUUAUAGAGGGGUGGCACCUGGGGUAACUGGAUCUCUUGCAACUGGUGCAACAUAUUUUGGUGUCAUAGAAUCCACCAAAAAGUGGAUUGAAGAAACACAUCCGAAUCUUGGAGGUCAUUGGGCCCAUUUCAUUGCUGGUGCUUUAGGAGAUACACUUGGGUAUUGGUCUACACUUGCAAGGGAUGUCCCAUUUGCUGGUUUAAUGGUUACGUGUUAUGAGGCGUUAAAAGAAGUAACAGAAUACGGGAGGCAAAAGUGGUUCCCUAAUUCAAGAUUCCAUGUCAAUACUUCUUUUGAGGGGCUUGUAUUGGGAGGAAUAGCUGGGGGUGUUAGUGCAUAUCUUACAACGCCUUUAGAUGUAAUCAAAACAAGACUACAAGUACAAGGCACAAUCGUAAGGUAUAAUGGUUGGAUGGAUGCAUUUCAUAGAAUAUGGUUGAUUGAAGGUGCAAAGGGGUUUUUUAGAGGAAGCAUUCCACGGGUGAUAUGGUAUGUUCCAGCUUCUGCUCUUACAUUCAUGGCUGUUGAAUUCCUCAGAGACCAAUUCAAUGAGAGAAAGACACCAAACACAGAUACAGUCACUAGCUUAAUAUUAGACAAAAGUAAGCCUCCUUUGCAACACAAUUAGAUUUACUGAGAAGGAUGAGAAUAGCAACAUACUUCUAAACUAAACUAAGUGAACUCUUUUUGGUGGGCCAUAAUAGGGUUGGCAACCAAAUUUUACUCUUUUUGGUGAAUAGUAACAAGUUUCAGCUUUUUGGUGAAUGUUAAUAUUCUUAAUGAAACCAUCUAAUUCCUUCACUAUAAUAAUAUUUCUCACAC